AAUUGGUUGGUACAUUCAUAUUUGGCCGUCUCUCUACAGGAAUUGACCACAAACGAGACCAGCAUCGCGCUGACGAAUUUGGAGCCGCACGCAUUGUAUCGCAUUAUGGUGGUGACGCGCGGACGUUACGGUACAGCGUUGCCAUCUUCAAUGUUGCUGAUCAAUACAACCGAGGAUGAGAAUGUCACAAACAAGAAUAAUACCUAUGGUGCAUCCUCGUCGCCCCACUCGCUGUCGAUUACAUCACACAGCGCGACCUGGAUGCAAUUGACUUGGCAGCCACCAGAAUAUUCGCAUCCGCAUGAGAAGAUUACCUACAGAGUCUACCACAAACCCAUGAAAUCGGAGAAGUUCAACAAAAUCGAAACUAAAGUAGCAUGGCUCCGUAUGAGCAACCUCAAACCCAGCUCACAACACAUACUCUACGUCGAAGCAAUUGGUGAGCAUGCGACAUCUCUGCCCUCCGAGACGCUGGUGGCUUGGACCGAUCCAGCGUUGCCAGCAUUCGUUGAUCCGCCAACAGUACACCCUGCAGAUAACAUACCCGAAGGCGGUUCGAUGACUAUACUCUGCUUAGCUUUGGGUAAUCCGGCGCCAACUAUUUCACUGUACGUCGGUGGACAUUUGGUGCGUCAGGAUACGUCACGACACAUGGUUACAGUUAUACACAAUGUCACCGCUGACAUGGAGCAUAUAUCCUGCUAUGCAGACAAUGGUUAUGGUGUGCCUAUGCAGGCCACAAGAAGAGUCAAUAUUUGCUAUGCACCAAAAAUUACCGCCGCCGGCAUCACCGUCGCCUCGUUGGGCGAUGAGGUCGAGCUGCGUUGCACAGUCGAUGCGAAACCGACACCAAAGACGAUCUUCUGGCGUGAUCAUGAUGGCCGCGUGCCCGUCAUACAGGGUGGUCACUUCGAUAUCUCAACCAAAAUGAAUGAAUCACAUACAAAUCUCUACACAAUGUCGCUGCGCAUCAAUAAAAUGUUGGCGACGGAUGUAGGCGAUUACUUCUGUCAUGCGGAAAAUGCCUUCGGCUCCGCCACGUCGGCGGUUUCGGUGCGCAUACGCACCACACCCGCGCUGGGACGUAAUGUCUCCGAGUGCUGUCGUCAAAUGAAUGUAUCCAUGGCCUGCCGUGCCGCUUGCAGCUAUUACGUCGACAUCGAGGCGAUCGCCGACAAACCCGAGUGUAUUGUGGACUUUGAUAAGCUGAUGAAAUGCGCGGCGGACGGUUCGGAUCACCGCAGCUGUUGUGCGGAUGCGAACGUGCCGAGAAAGUGUUUGAAUUGGUGUCGCGGUGAUUCGGUGCGUUCGAAGGAGAUCUGCAGUCUGCAAUACUCACGCACAAUUGUUGGCUGCUUUGAAAUGAACAGGGAUAAGCUGCCGGGACCACCGGAGAAUAUUGCUGUCAGCGUUGUGUCGGACAAUGAGGUGAUGAUUAGAUGGGAGCAAAAGAACUCGAAUGUGGUCGAAGGUUAUCGGAUAUUUUACCAUGAGGCGGCCAUACUUGCAGGCGACUCGAGUGAGUCCAGCGGUGAUGGCAUGACCUACAAUGCAACAACACUGCAAAAUACCACCGAAAUUAGACGCCUCGAUGUGAAGGAGACCACGGUGAAUAUAAAUGGUUUGAAGAAGGAUGUGCUCUAUGAGCUGGUGGUGAAAGCUGGCAAUUCUUUUGGCGCCAGCAUUCUCACCGAACCAGUUAAAUUCACGCUCGGCGAUCAUCACGUCACCUCAGCGACGACAUAUUCAAAUGCUGUCGGCACCAUCAGUGGCAUUGUGGCCAGCAUUCUGGCUGUGCUAUUAGCAGCAGCGGCCAUUGUGUUUUAUCGGCGUCAUCGCGCACGUAACGGUAAGGCUGGUAAUGGUGUGGCUUUCGAAAAUCCAACAUACACGCGCGGUCUGGAGCAAGUUCAGCUGCCCACAGUGACAUCGGCCAUUACGCAUGCCGGCACCACCGCCCAAUCGGCGCAACGUGAUGGCAUCGUCAACGAUGCGAACGCGGACGCGCACACACAAUGCAACGAAGUAAAUCCGACAAUUUACGAAGAGCUCAAACUUGGCCAAGAAGGUGCUGGAUUCAAGAAACUUGUGCCAUAAAUGCCAAAAUGUGCAAUAAAACUCAAACACAAACACAAACAAGCGCACACACACACACAGAUGUACACAUACAAAAAAAUGCUUACAUAUAUACAAAAAAAUAGUUGAAGUGAUCACAAAAACAAACAAAAUGACAAAAAGUUGAAUGAAAAAAGCUGCUUAGCUAACGGUUCAAGGCAACAGUUAGCCAACGCGAGCAAAACUAUAACAGCGACACACAUACAAACGCACAAAAAACAUAAAAACUCAAGUCACACACACGUGUACACGAAAAUGCACACGCACACUCUUACAAAAAGUCGUAGCUAGCAGCUGCUGGUAUUUGUAUUGUAGUUGUAUGACGCUAGCACACUUAGGCGUAUACGUAACUUUUUAAAUGUAAAAAAAAAAUCAAAAAAUAUUUGGAGAAAAAUAUAAAAAGUGAAUAAGCAUUAAAUGCUACAACAAAUUGUGAGUUACAAAGUAAGCUAAAUUUAAAGUAUAAGAAUUUCCAAAACAACAAGAAAAACAAA